AUGGCUUCUAAUCAAGAUGGAAGCAAUGAACCAAUCCCACAAGGUGAAGAAUCUGAAGAUCCAAGCUUGGUCUUUAAGUUUGCGAAUGCUGAAUUUGAGAAAGUUUCGCGUAUUACUGCAAGAAAACAUUGUAUUGCAUUUUAUGAGGCAAAAAAUAAAAGUCUGAAGGCUUUAUUGAUGGGUGUGAAAAAGAUCAAUAUAACAACUGAUAUGGGGAAGUCUAGUCACCAAAUAGCUGAAUAUAUGGUCAUCACAGGCCAUUUUAUUAAUUCAAAAUGGAAAUUGCAAAAGCGAGUGUUGAGUUUUGUUAAGGUUCCACCUCUAAGGCGUGGAGUUGAUGUCACUGAUGCAAUUUUUAAAUGUUUGCAAUUAUGGAGAAUUGAAAAUAAGAUAUUUUCAAUAUAUAUGGACAAUGCAACCUAUAAUGAUGUUUGUAUAAGAAAUUUGAAAAACACAUUAGCAAGAAACACUAAUUUAGUCCUUGGUGGACAACUAUUUCAUGUGAGAUGUUGUGCUCAUAUAUUGAAUUUGCUAGUGCAACAUGGUCUUAGUCAGAUCAAAGGUAUCAUUGAAAAUGUUCGUGAAAGUAUCAAAUAUGUUAAUCAUUCUGACUCAAGAUUGAAGACUUUUUGUGAUAUUGUUAAGAAGAUGGGUGUAAAAGAAAGGAAACUAGUUGUUGAUUGUCCCACUAGAUGA